AUGUUCGUGAACGUGAACCUAUCGUUCGCUCUUGCGCUUCUCGCCGCGGUUUCCACAUUCUUCGCGUCAGGGACCUCUGCAGCAGCCGGAUCCAAAUCUGCCAAGUUCUCGAAAGCGAUCGCCGACACGGGCGAAGGGACGAGUCGGAUUGUCCCCGGGCGGUAUAUCAUUGCGGUUGGUGGAUCAACUAGUGCUUUGAGUAAGAGGGAUUCUCAAGUGGUGAGUGCCUGGCCUGCAUGUGUGGGAUUAGGUGGUGCAUACGCGGGGGCCGAGUCUCUCAUUUGGUUGAACGAGAACUUUAGGCCCGAUUCUCGGCAGCUGUAGCACUGACCCUUGUGUACAAUCGUUCCUGCUUCCUGCUGCGACCGCUGGCGUCAAAGGCUAUCUCGAGUGCCCUCAGCAAAAUCAGAAACACCGGCAUCGAUGUCAAAACCCACAAAUUAUAUCAAUCUCCUGGUCUACUCACCGGGGCGAGCAUCGCCGUGCCAGCAAACACCACCGAGGCUCAUCUACUAGAUAUUCCAGGUGUCACAGUCAGUUGAUACCAGAUUGAAAUAAUCAACUCCAUGACGUGCUGAUAAUGUUUCCCGCUCUCCUCGUAGCAUGUCUGGCCGGUUCGAAGCAUUCCGAGACCCAGAACCGUUUCAUCGUCGGGUUCUCGCUCUACCUCUCACCCCUCUGGCACCCACUCUAGCGAGCUUGUGCGACGGGCCCUUCUCGAGCCCCGAAGCGACAAAGAUUUCAAGAACGACCAGUUUCCGCCCCAUCAGAUGACCGGGGUCGAUAAAAUGCACGCCAAGGGCUACCUUGGAGCCGGUAUCAAGAUCGCAAUUCUCGACACCGGCAUCGACUACAAGAACCCGAUCCUCGGCGGUUGCUUUGGCAAGGGGUGCAAAGUCGCUUUCGGCCAUUCCUUUGUUGACGAUGAGGGAAACUUCAUCAAUGGCCCUGAUCCGUAGAGCACCUGUCUGGAGCACGGCACGCAUGGUGAGCCCAACAUAUUCUGCGCAGCAGCGGAUACCAGAGCUAACCCCCAUGACUCGUUCCCUUAGUUGCUGGUACCAUCGGGGCCAACCCCAACAAGUACGGAUUCACGGGAGUGGCACCCAAAGCGACUCUCGGCAUGUAUCGCAUCUUUGCAUGCUCUGGCUCGGCCACAGACGACACCAUCGUUGCAGCCAUGCUCCGCGCCGCCGAGGACAAAGCCGACAUCCUCAGUAUGAGUCUCGGAGAUCCAGGUAGUUGGUUGGACUCGACAGCGCCGCAACACGUAGCCGACAAACUUCUCGCUCAAGGUAUGCAUGUCAUUGUCGCAUCUGGUAAUUCGCAAGACGAGGGUCUGUUCGCUGCUUCGACGCCCGCAGCUACUCGAAGUGGGAUCAGCGUCGCAUCCGUCGAUGCCGAUGUCGUCCCAGGUUACAGUCUCGUCUUCAAGACGGGUCGUUAUCCGCCGAUGCCUUACUUCUCUGCCAUGCCGUUCGAGACUGAAGAUGUGCUCUCGCUAUACUUUACCUCGCCCGAAUCGGCUAAAGAGGUGGCGUGCGAGACCCUGCCCGACUCGACGCCGAACCUGAAGGAUCGACUGGUCGUGGUCAAACGAGAUCAAUGCGCUACAGACGAUAUGUUCACCAACCUCGCAGCCAAAGGGGCCCGCUUCGCUCUCGUGUAUGGCUCAGUUGGUAGCGAAAAUCAGCCGUACUAUGAUACUCAGGGUACGAACCUGACAGCCGCAGGAGGAAUCAGCAACGUAAAUGCACUCGAGUUGCUCGAGUACUAUCGCGCGCAAAGGAACAGGGGUCCCAAGGUCGCGUUUCCAAGCAAGCAGCUUCGCCUUGAGCAAGUCCUCAGCGGCGGUCAAGUCAGCGACUUCAGUGAAUUCGGCCCCACGAAUGACAUGUUUGGCCAGCCUAGCUUUGGUGCGCCGGGUGGAGACAUCCUCUCGACCUUUCCCUUGUCUUGGGGUGGCGUUGGGGUCAUCAGUGGAACCUCAAUGGCCACCCCUUUCGUGGCGGGUGCGGUGGCGCUCAUCCUAUCUGCUCGCAAGUCGGAGAGGCUCACGCCUGUACAGAUGCGUCAACUCCUAUCGUCGACAUCCAAGUCGAUCCCGGUUAAGAGGGGGACCAAGAAUCCCCUGACGACCGUUGUUCUCCAAGGUGGCGGCCUGAUCCAGGUCGAUAAGGCUUUCGAGGCCAAGUCGUACUUUAGCCCCAACGAGUUGUAUCUCAACGACACGGCUCACUUCGCCGCCACGCAGACGGUGACGAUCACGAACAAGAACUCAAAAGCGGUCACGUACCGCUACUCGGACACGGGUGCCCAACCUCGUCUUGUGUACGAUAAGAAGGGACAGUACAACCCUUCGCUCAGCCCUGGUGCCCUGUCGAGGGGCGCUUCGGUCACCUUCCGCCCCGGACGAGUCACGAUCCAGCCCGGCAAGACAUCGACGUUCCAGAUCAAGUUCCAACCGCCGCAGUUCUCUGCCGGUCAACGCGUGCUCUUCCCCGUCUACAGCGGUUUUAUCAUGAUCACGGCCGACAACAAGGAGUCGUUCCAGAUCCCCUACUUUGGUCUCGCCGGUAACAUGCGCGAUAUGCAGAUUAUCGAUCAGACGGAUGUGUAUGCGGGUCAAUACAUGGCGGGACUCAGAUAUCCUUAUGUGGCCGACUCGAAGCUGGGUCCCCAAUUCAAUCCGAACUUCGUCAGGAGUUACGAAAUGGCGAACGGGCCGAUCAUUACGUUCCGCCUUGAGCGUGAGUCUGAGCGUCCACUUCCAUUUGGGAUGCACCAGCCACUGACCCGCCCGCCCUUUUGUUGCAGAGGCAACUCGAGCUUAUAACAUCGACCUUGUAUUUGCCAAAACGACCUUUAGAUCAACAAUCUCUCCCGCAAACAACGCCGGUCUGCUCCCUGGAUCUACCAAACCUGCGAAAGUCGAACUUCUUGAAGGCCUCGAGCUCGCUCGCAACCUCGGUGAGAGCUUGUCCCUCGACCCUCGUCGGGAAAGCCAAUCGUACGCCUCGGUCCCCAUCGUCGGCCGCAUCAAAGGCGCCCUCAACGUACCCCGAGAUCUGGCUGUAGAUGGUCAGAAUAGGUUUUCUUUCACGGACAAGAAGUUCGUAUUCAAUGGACGGUACCAGACGACGCCGACGAGUCGGAGGUUUGAGACGGCAAAGUUGGGGACGGCUUAUCGGUUCUUAUUACGGUGAGUAUGAAGCACGGAGUACUGCAGGCUUACUGGAUCACACCACUGAAGUUCUUUGUUAUUGGGAUAUUACAGCGCGGUGAGGACGACCGCCGACCCGGCCGACGAAGGAAGCUGGGAGAGUUGGCUCAGUCCGCCCUUCGAGUUUUCGGGUUGA